AUGGCCGCCGUGGACAGCUUCUACCUGUUAUACAGGGAGAUAGCGCGGUCCUGCAAUUGCUAUAUGGAAGCCUUAGCCCUGGUCGGCGCUUGGUACACAGCCAGAAAGAGCAUCACCGUCGUCUGUGACUUCUAUAGCCUGGUCAGGCUGCAUUUUAUCCCUCGCUUGGUGAGCCGAGCCGACCUGAUCAAGCAGUACGGACAGUGGGCGGUCGUCAGUGGUGCAACCGAUGGGAUUGGAAAAGCUUAUGCCGAAGAGUUAGCGAGUCGCGGCGUCAACAUUGUCCUGAUCAGUCGGAACAAAGAGAAGUUGGAGGUUGUAGCUAAAGCCAUAGCCGACACCUAUAAAGUGGAAACCGACAUCGUAGUGGCAGACUUCAGCCACGGCCGCGACAUCUACGUCCCGAUUCGAGAAGCCCUGAAAGACAAAGACAUUGGCAUCCUGGUAAAUAACGUGGGUGUGUUCUACCCCUACCCCCAGUAUUUCACUCAGGUCUCCGAGGACAAGCUCUGGGACAUCAUUCAUGUCAACAUCGCCGCAGCGAGUCUGAUGGUCCACAUCGUGCUGCCCGGAAUGGUGGAGAGAAAGAAGGGCGCCAUUGUCACCAUCUCUUCUGGCUCCUGCUGUAAACCCACGCCCCAGCUGGCCGCGUUCUCUGCUUCGAAGGCUUAUUUAGACCACUUCAGCAGAGCGUUACAGUACGAAUACGCUUCCAAAGGCAUCUUCGUGCAGAGCCUGAUCCCGUUCUACGUCGCCACCAACAUGACCUCCCGUAGCAGCUUUCUACACAGAUGCCCGUGGUUGGUGCCUUCCCCCCGAGUAUACGCACAGCAUGCCGUCUCUACCCUUGGGAUUUCAAAGAGGACCACAGGGUACUGGUCGCAUUCCAUUCAGUUUCUUUUUGCACAGUACAUGCCCGAGUGGCUCUGGGUAUGGGGAGCGAACAUUCUCAACCGCUCACUACGCAAGGAGGCCUUGUCCUGCAACGCUCACGCCCCGUGUCUCAAAUAUCGCGAGGCCUUCGCCCCUCGGCUCGGCGUCAGAGCGCGCACGCACGCAAGCCGGCCUCUAGCGCGGGGCACGCUGAGCACGCAGGGCUGGCGAGGGCCCGAGCUCUCAGCUGCAGACCGAAGCUUGAGGCCGCCGCAAAUACUUCCGCCAGCUUCGACGCGCGGACCGCCGUCAGCCCUCUUCUGGAGGCCGCUGACGGCCGCCGGAGCGCUCCGGUGUGUGGGCCGCACCCAGAGGCUGCGAGGUGAGAACGCGGGGCCGGGACUGCGGUGUCGCGAGGACUUCGGGGUGCAGCAGGCAGCCGAGCGCGGGGGACAUCGGGGUCAUGUGUCAGAAUCAACAUUCCUUCACGAUCAUUCCCGUCUGCUACGGGACGACCCCUUCCCUCCCGGUGCCCCGACCCCGGAGGGGCGCCCCUCUCCUGUAGACGAUACAAACGUGGAAGCGAUACCCAUCGCUGGCCCCAGCCGCCAAACUCGCCGCCUUCUCGCUGUGCACCUGGACGGGUUGGUCUCCGACCCUGCCUGGUCAGUCAAUGCGGCCAUCACCUGCAGAUCCCGGUGUUUAUCCUCCCCCGACGGUUAG